AUGGCACCGGUCGGACGCAUCCUCACCUUGCUGCUCUGGGGUCACCUGCUGGAACUCUGGACCCCAGGUCACACCGCGGACCCCGCCUACCCCAGGCUACGCCUGUCACACAAAGAACUCUUGGACCUGAACAGGACAUCCAUAUUUCAAAGUCCCCUGGGAUUUCUUGAUCUCCACACGAUGCUGCUGGAUGAAUACCAGGAGCGGCUGUUCGUGGGUGGCAGGGACCUUGUCUAUUCCCUGAACUUGGAACGAAUCAGUGAUAACUACAGAGAGAUAUACUGGCCGAGCCCAGCAGGAAAAGUAGAAGAAUGCAUAAUGAAAGGAAAAGACACAAGCGAGUGUGCCAACUAUGUCCGGGUCUUGCAGCACUACAACAGGACGCACCUUCUGACCUGUGCUACUGGGGCCUUUGAUCCGCUUUGUGCCUUCAUCAGAGUCGGGUACCACUCAGAGGACCCCCUGUUUCACUUGGAGUCCCACAGAUCUGAGAGAGGAAGGGGCAGAUGUCCUUUUGACCCCAGCUCCUCCUUUGUCUCUACGCUAGUCGGCAGCGAGCUGUUUACUGGACUCUACAGCGACUACUGGGGCAGAGACUCUGCGAUCUUCCGCAGUCUGGGGAAGCUGGGCCACAUUCGCACGGAGCAUGACGACGAGCGGCUGCUGAAAGAACCAAAAUUUGUAGCUUCGUUUAUGAUCCCUGACAAUGAAGACCGAGAUGACAACAAGAUGUACUUCUUUUUUACUGAGAAGGCGCUGGAAGCAGAGAACAGCGCCCACACAAUCUAUACCCGAGUGGGGCGGCUGUGCGUGAAUGAUGUAGGAGGGCAGAGAAUACUGGUGAAUAAGUGGAGCACAUUCCUCAAGGCAAGGCUCGUUUGCUCUGUCCCAGGCGUCAAUGGAAUCGACACAUAUUUUGACGAGCUAGAGGAUGUGUUUCUCCUGCCUACCAGAGACCCCAAGAACCCAGUGAUAUUUGGACUGUUUAACACUACCAGCAAUAUAUUCAGAGGCCAUGCUAUCUGUGUCUAUCACAUGUCAAGUAUACGGGAAGCCUUUAACGGCCCAUAUGCUCAUAAAGAAGGCCCCGAAUACCACUGGUCACUGUAUGAAGGAAAAGUUCCUUACCCGAGGCCUGGUUCUUGUGCCAGCAAGAUGAAUGGAGGGAAGUAUGGGAGCACCAAAGACUACCCUGACGACGCCAUUCGUUUCGCAAGGACGCAUCCACUAAUGUAUCAGCCCAUAAAACCGGUGCAUAAAAAGCCAAUCCUAGUGAAAACGGAUGGAAAAUAUAACCUGAGGCAACUGGCAGUGGAUCGAGUGGAAGCUGAGGAUGGACAAUACGACGUUUUAUUUAUCGGGACAGAUACAGGAAUUGUGCUGAAAGUAAUCACAAUUUACAACCAAGAAACGGAGUGGAUGGAGGAGGUCAUUCUAGAGGAGCUGCAGAUAUUCAAGGAUCCAGCUCCUAUCAUUUCUAUGGAAAUCUCAUCAAAGAGACAACAACUCUACAUUGGAUCGCCCUCCGCGGUGGCGCAGGUCAGAUUCCAUCACUGCGACCUGUACGGCAAUGCUUGUGCCGACUGCUGCCUGGCUCGGGACCCUUACUGUGCCUGGGAUGGCAUUUCCUGCUCCAGAUAUUACCCAACAGGUGCACAUGCAAAGAGGCGGUUCCGCAGGCAGGACGUUCGGCAUGGCAACGCGGCCCAGCAGUGCUUCGGACAACAGUUUGCUGGAGAUGCUUUGGACCGGACAGAAGAGAGGCUGGCUUAUGGCAUCGAGAGUAACAGCACGCUGCUGGAGUGCACCCCACGCUCGCUACAAGCGAAGGUCGUCUGGUUUGUGCAGAAAGGACGUGAGACAAGGAAAGAAGAGGUGAAGACAGACGACAGAGUGGUAAAGAUGGACCUAGGUUUACUCUUCCUCAGAGUGCGCAAAUCCGACACUGGGACCUAUUUUUGCCAGACAGUAGAGCAUGGUUUUGUCCACACUGUGCGUAAAAUCACGCUGGAGGUAGUGGAAGAGCAGAAAGUGGAGGGGAUGUUUCAUAAGGACCACGAGGAGGAGAGACAUCAUCACAAGAUGCCCUGCCCGCCUUUGAGCAGCGUGCCUCAGGGCACAAAACCCUGGUACAAGGAGUUCUUGCAGCUGAUCGGCUACAGCAACUUCCAGAGAGUGGAAGAAUACUGCGAAAAGGUGUGGUGUACAGACAAGAAGAGGAAAAAGCUUAAAAUGUCUCCCUCCAAGUGGAAGUAUGCCAACCCCCAGGAAAAGAGGCUGCGCUCCAAACCGGAGCACUACCGCCUGCCCAGGCACACGCUGGACUCCUGA